AUAUCAUAUCAUAUCCUACCAUAUCCCAUCAUAUCCUAUCAUCUUCCUAGCCCUCCUUCCUCCUCCUCCUGCUCCUCCUCCUCCUCCUGCUCGCCAGCCUCCCCACUCAAGUUUCCGCCUUAUUAUCUCCAGCACAAUGGUGACAGCCACUUCGUCUGACGGCGCCUCCAAUGGCCAAGCAAUCAUGAAGGUCAAGGCGCCGUCCCCGAAAGCCGGAUUCAGGAACCAGUCCUCACUUGUUCGAUCCCAACCCAUCGUGCUCGACCUUGACGCCUUCCCUGCCCCCACCUCGCCUCUCCCAAUCCCUUCCCUUCCUUCCAGCCCCAUCAGCGCCAUAUCCCGCGCCUCCUCUCGCACACCCCCAGCCAAGCCUUCAAGUCCGAUGGGAACCAUAUCCGGAUCUUUACGGCCGCCGCCAAGGCCGCGCUCCAUCGUGUCACACCUGGCGCUCAGCAAACCGCCGUCGGAGAGUCUCCCACCCGUGCCUGUGAUUCUCCACUCUAACGACAAUCUAUACGCCUCUAGCACACCUACGAGCCCGACAACCCCAACAACCCCGUCAUUUUACUCAUCAUUCUCUCUGCGGAACGACAGCUCACUAUCAACGUCGCUGCCUUUUAAUAACACCAUCCGCUCGUCGAGUGUUGGUCGCGUCAAUGACUCCUGUAUGAACAAACCUCCUCGAAAGUACUCUAGCCCCAGUGGAAAUCCAGCGCAGAAGGAUCUGCACCGAGGUAGAGCUGCACCAAUUUCCCCUGGAUCACCACAGGCACGGAGCUGCCCAACAGACACUAAAGACGAGCCCAUCAACAGGAACAUGGCGCCAAGGACAGAAUCCAACGAAGGGGAGCGAAGGGCCGUUACGGUCAAGGAUCUCCCAGCGAGACCAGUAGGUCUGGUGGCGACACGGUACUACGGAAUUGAGUCCAGCAUGCGCUGGCGCGAAGGCGUGGACCCAAUCCAGAAGAGAUUUGCGUCGUCGAGCGGCUCCUGGCGUUGUCAAGAUCGGUUCGCUGUUUUUUUCAGACCUGGGGACCAAAUUGGCCCCGAUCAAGUCGUGACAAAGACCUUUUGGAGCGAAGCCUGGCCAUAUCCGAUCGAAACCAUUCUCUAUGGUACCAUUAACCCUUUCUCGUCCAGUGACAAUGCUACACAAGGCCUAAACAGUUAUCGCUCGGACCACGAGGGCGACCAGGUUAUGUCCAGACUAAGGACAGGUCUUCGUCUGACAUCUGAAACUCAGCUGAAGAGUGCCGCCUCGUUUCCCCCGGCCGCCGGAAGCAAAGACCCGCGCUACAUCACGUCGGAAGGCGUUCAAAAGAUUGCCAAGGUUAUGAUCCCAAUGCCCGAUGUUGCGAUUGACCAGAUGGAGCUCGUCAAGGCACCCAUCAAGGUUGAACUCCGUAUCUUCAUUCUCGAGGCGCCUCUACGGAUCCAUGCCUCUGCGUUCCUUUUGGGAAGAACCGUGGCAGGGGUCACGGAGCUCUACGCGUAGCCGCGUCGAGAGAUUAUAAACGCCCUCCCGGGCUUCUGCAUCGCUUCAUAGCCAAAGAACAUCAUCCUAUUUCAGCCUUAUGCGUGUGAAAGGGCCACAAACACUCUUGUAUAUGUCUUGUUUAUAUCCAUUUGCUUCAUAAGUUUUCUUCGUUCUCCAUCCAGAUACUUCGAUAGGAAAUUGUUCAUACAAAUACCUUUUUUUUUUCCAUUCUACAAUGAUAACAA